AUGGAGGGGCCAUAUGGUAAGUAUUCAGACUUGAGAUGUAAUGAUUUUCAGAAGGGAGAGUUAGAUUGUAAAUUAAGGACUUGUUUUGAAGAGAUUUGGGAUAGAUGGGUUGGAAAGUCGUCAUCACCCUUAUGCCCCCUUCACCACCGAUGUCGUCGUUGUUGUAAGAAUCGGAGAACCACCACCUUAUUCUUCCAUCUUCCAGCUGCCCCUUUUCUUCGUGUUCCGAUCAGGCAGGACCGGCGAGUCCAACCGACGUCGUUACCACCAUUAGAUCCGUCAACCGCACCGGUUGUUGCUCCCGAAGAUGAAGACGAUGUGGAUCGUGGGAGGGAGGGAGUUCUGCCGCUGUUGCUUCCAUCAUUCGUUGUAGCUUCUAUCAUGUCGCGAAUCGAUGUGGGCGGCUGCCAAUCGCUAUGGCCGCUGCUGUGUCGCUGUUAUUAUCAUCGUGCGCUAUGUUGCUCAUGCUACCGUGCAAUGAACGCCACCAGGUGGGUGACUGCUUUCGGACCUCGAGCAAGGCUUGGUUAUUGUUACAUAUAG